AUGCAGAGGGCAUUAGUGACUCACAAAACUAUACCUGAACUCUUCACUUUAACCCACUUAAUUGCGCCCCCUUGUUUCUUCACUAUCGUUCUUCUACUCAGAGCAUACUCGAUCUUCUCCUUACACAGGAGCCGCCGCGACACCGCAUAUAGUCUCCGUUACGUUCGCCAGAGUAUACUACCUCUUCUCCUCGUUCAGAUAUACUUCAAGAAGAAAAAGACUUGGGGAAUUUCUUUCAACAGCACUUUGCUAUUGACACAUAUUGAUGAGAAGUUCUGCUAUCAAAUUCUUCAUGAAUACAGGAUACACAAUGCUGAGCUGAAUCUGGACAGACUACUAGCUAAAAUGUGGGAAGAGAUGGGUCUUUGCAUAGUUUAUGCGAAGCCUCAAGACGAGCAACCAGAUUUCGAAGAGCCUAUGGUUCUUUCUGCUAACAGAGGUGGCUGUAUUGUCGAAGAUUUCUGUAAUCACAUACAUAGGAGUCUUGUUAAGGAUGUGAAGUAUGUCUUGGUUUGGGCCACAAGUCCACGGCCCUCAGCAUUGUGGCCUCAGUCAUCUGCUUCAGGAUGAAGACGUGGUUCAGAUUGUCAAGAAAAAGGAGAAGGAAGGAGGUAAAGGCCGGUUCAAAACGCAUUCUAAUGCUCCUGCUCGGAUAUCUGACCGAGAAAAGAAGGCUCCACUGAAGGCAUAAUUUACUCAGACAGUGAAUCUUUUAUGUAUGUGCUAACUGUUGAGGCGUCAAUGUUCUUUUUUUGUUUUGUUUUUGGUAGAUUGCAGUAAAGUAAUAAGCUAUAGUUAGAGGUUGUUUCUUCAUCACUAUGGCGUGAAGUUACUCAUUGAAGAGUGUAGGUACUUUUCACCCUUGUAUUCUUUACUUGAUUAUGAUAUUACCAU